AUGGGCUCGUCGUCGUCGGCGGGGGGCGGGGCGGCGGGCCGCACAGUGGGGGUCGCACCUGGGGGGUCGGGGGGUCGCGGGGUCCGGUCGGCGCUACACGUAGUGGCGGUCGUCGCGCAGCAUGGGCUCGUCGUCGUCGGCGGGGGCGGGGCGGCGGGCCGCACAGUGGGGGUCGCACCUGGGGGGUCGGGGGGUCGCGGGGUCCGGUCGGCGCUACACGUAGUGGCGGUCGUCGCGCAGCAUGGGCUCGUCGUCGUCGGCGGGGGGCGGGGCGGCGGGCCGCACAGUGGGGGUCGCACCUGGGGGGUCGGGGGGUCGCGGGGUCCGGUCGGCGCUACACGUAGUGGCGGUCGUCGCGCAGCAUGGGCUCGUCGUCGUCGGCGGGGGGCGGGGCGGCGGGCCGCACAGUGGGGGUCGCACCUGGGGGGUCGGGGGGUCGCGGGGUCCGGUCGGCGCUACACGUAG